AUGACGGGCCGCGUCUGCCGCGGCUGCGGCGGCACGGACAUCGAGUUGGACGCGGCGCGCGGCGAUGCUGUGUGCACGGGCUGCGGCUCGGUGCUCGAGGACAACAUCAUCGUGUCCGAGGUGCAGUUCGUGGAGAACAGCGGCGGCGGCUCGUCGGCGGUCGGCCAGUUCGUGUCGCUGGACGGUGCUGGGAAAACCCCAACCCUAGGUGGUGGCUUUCAUGUGAACUUGGGAAAGGAAUCAAGAGCACAGACCCUCCAAAAUGGUAUUCCCUACUUCCUCCUUGCUGACCAUGGGGCGGGACAGGAGAGGGAGGCGGGACAGGAUGCUGGGGUCGGGGCGGCGCCACAUCCACCACCUGGGGAGCCAGCUGCAGCUGAACCAGCACUGCCUGGACACAGCCUUCAAUUUCUUCAAGAUGGCUGUAAGCAAGCAUCUUACGCGAGGACGGAAAAUGGCCCAUGUGAUUGCUGCCUGCCUCUACUUGACAUGCUCCUUGACCUCAGCGACCUGCUCCAGGUUAACGUAUACGUGUUGGGGAAGACGUUCCUGCUCUUGGCGAGGGAGCUUUGCAUCAACGCACCCGCUAUAGACCCAUGUUUGUACAUUCCACGCUUUGCUCAUCUACUGGAGUUUGGGGAGAAGAACCAUGAGGUAUCCAUGACAGCCCUGAGGCUUCUGCAGAGAAUGAAAAGGGAUUGGAUGCACACAGGCCGGCGCCCCUCUGGUCUCUGUGGAGCAGCGCUUUUGGUUGCAGCCAGAAUGCAUGACUUCCGGAGAACAGUCAAGGAAGUCAUCAGUGUAGUCAAAGUGUGUGAGUCCACGCUGCGGAAAAGGCUCACGGAAUUUGAAGACACUCCCACCAGCCAGCUGACUAUUGAUGAGUUUAUGAAGAUUGACUUGGAGGAGGAGUGUGACCCGCCCUCGUACACAGCUGGACAGAGGAAGCUGCGCAUGAAGCAGCUGGAACAGGUCCUGUCAAAAAAGCUAGAGGAAGUUGAAGGUGAAAUAUCCAGUUACCAGGAUGCCAUUGAAAUUGAGCUAGAAAACAGCCGACCAAAAGCAAAAGGGGCUCUCGCCAACUUGUCAAAGGAUGGCUCCGGUGAGGACGCCACAUCCAGCCCAUUCUGUGAGGAAGACACUGAGGAUGAAGAGCUGGAGGCUGCUGCCAGCCACAUGAACAAGGACUUUUACCGAGAGCUCCUGGGGGAUGAUGGCGGCCCGGAGGCAGCAGAAGACCCUGACGGGGGCAGCAGACCCCUCGCUCUGGAGUCCCUGCUUGGGCCCCUGCCCACAGCAGCCAGCCUGGGCAUCUCCGACUCCAUCCGAGAGUGCAUCUCUUCCCCAAGUGGGGACCCCAAAGAUUCUUCAGGGGACGGGGAGCUAGACCUCAGUGGCAUCGAUGACCUUGAGAUUGACAGAUACAUCCUGAACGAGUCAGAAGCCCGAGUCAAAGCUGAGCUGUGGAUGCGGGAGAAUGCUGAGUACCUGCGGGAGCAGAGGGAGAAAGAAGCAAGAAUAGCGAAGGAGAAGGAGCUUGGCAUCUACAAGGAGCACAAGCCGAAGAAGUCUUGCAAACGCCGGGAGCCAAUCCUAGCCAGCACAGCUGGGGAGGCUAUUGAGAAGAUGCUGGAACAGAAGAAAAUCUCCAGCAAGAUCAACUACAGUGUGCUACGGGACCUUAACAGCAAGGGUGGUGGCAGUCCACCCAGGGACGACUCACAGCCCCCAGAGCAUACCAGCACCAAGAAGCUGUCCCGGAGGAAAAGAGCAGCUCCCAAGAAUAGUGCUGAUCCUGGGACAAGCAUGGGGAAGAGGUUGAGGCCGCUGGUGUCUGCCCCGCCGGCUAAGAAGGCAGCUGUGGGAGAGGCCUUGCUCUUUAGUUCCCCAGCCUUGGGAGCUGAGCCUGUCAAGCCAUCAGCAGUCUUGGUGGAAAGUGGCCCUGUGUCAUACCAUCCUGAGGAGGAUGCAGAUGAGGAGGAGGCCGAGGAGGAGGAUGGAGAGCCGUGUGUCAGCGCCCUGCAGAUGAUGGGUGGCGAUGAUUACGGCUGUGAUGGUGAUGAGGAUGAUGGCUACUGAGUGGAACUCAAGACCAGAUGGCAUCCUGGUGCUGGACUCCAAGUGUAUCUGUUGAUGGGUGUCAGACGGGCCCUGGGGCCACGCUCCCAGCAUGAUGUCUGACACCGACCAGUCAAGCACUGCCCACUUCCUUGCAGCUCUCUCCCUGUGGCCGCGCUGUGGACCACUGUACUUACUGUUGGGAAUCAUGUUUUGAGCAAUGUAAGGGAUAUUUUUGCCCGGCAAGGGAAACUAGCUGUGUGUUUAUGUGUAAUGAAACAUGGUCAGAGAGUAGUCAGGUCUGAUCCCACUUCAUAGCCUAGCCUACGAGUCACUGUUUACCAGGAAUCCUCAGGCGGGCACUGUGUUCUCCCAUCAUAAGGAAAUUGAAGCACAAGGGCUUCAGUCAAGAAGUAGAGCCCUGCUCUUCGCCUGCUGCCAGUGUACUCUGCCCUGUCCUUCCCAUCCAGGAGGGAGGCAUUGAGCAGGAGACAUGUGGCAGUUAUUGCUCUAUACUAGGCAACCACAGUCCGGAGUCUCUGCCUUUAACUUCCGCACCAGCUUCCUGCAAACAGGAUGCUCCCUACCGUUUCCAGUGUCCAGUCUCCGUCUGGAACUCCCAGGAGCAUCACAAGCCGCGGCCUCCUGCUUAGGACGCAUAAGCUGUGCCCAGGAAGGUUGUUAGUCAAGUUUAUCUGCAGCAACUAGAAAGUGGAGACCAGCAGACCAUGUACACCUGUGUGCAGCUGUGUGUUGAUGUCUAGCACAACCUAUGUGGAGUUCCGGCCCUGCCCCGUCAGUUAGAAGGAACCUUUAGUACUCCUGAACAGAGCCCUCUGCCAAGAAGCCUGCAAGCUCUCUCCUGGGCCUCUUCAUGCAAAGGUCCACAGAGUACCCUCAGGGUAUUUGACUCUGGCCUCCCUUUCCUGGAUGCAGCCUUGGAUGCAGACUACUUGACUUUCAGAUCAAGAGGUGGGGGCCAGGCCUGAGGUGAUGAGUUGGGGCAGCUGCAGAUGAGAGUGGAUGGGCCGGACAGGUAGGAAGUGAUUUUGGUGAAAUACUGCAAGAUGCUUUGGGAUUCUCUGUGGGAAUGUGGAACCAUACAAGGCCUUUCCCAGGAGUGAGGUCAGAACUGUGGUAGGAGAAUAGUUUUAGGAUGUUGGUACAUUUUUAUAUAGCAGGACUUGCCUGUGGUGUGGAGGGAGUCCAGGGUGAGGGGUGGGAGGUAGGAACUGGGGAAGUAGAAACAAGCCCCCUGGGAGGAGGCCUGAGGCCUGCCCCCAGCUGUGCCUUGUCUGCCCAGGAGACAGCAGGAGAGGUUGGUGCUGGGAAAGGAGAAGGGCUGGGAAGGCUGGAGUGCCCCUAGGAGGUAACUGAGUUGCUCACUACCACAGAUAGAGUUAGAAAGCUGGGGCAAAGAGGGAGGUGACAGUGCUGAGUGAGGACGGUCCCUAGAAGCUAGGUGAGUAGCAAGGUGGGGGAUCCUGAAAUACGGAAUCCUGGGUCACAUGGUUGGAGAGACCGGGUGCUGAGGAGGAAGGUCCCAGUAGAGGGCAGCCGUGAAGUGGGCAAGAUGCUUCUAAGCUGAGGUCAUAGCCUUGUGUCUAAGCUUCCAGCAGCACUAGCAUGAGGCUCAAGGAGGCACUGGGACUGUGUGACCCCACUGUGAAUGCAGUUAGUCCAUUUCUGUGUGCUUUUUUCUGACUGGGAUUUCACACCAGAAUCUCCCUGCCUGGGGUCUUCUCAGAGUGCAGAGCAGUACCUUAGGUAGCCUCCUGGGCAGAACCAGUCCUCACCACACUGGACCUUAGAAAAGGGAAGGAGGGGACAAGGGCGUCCAUUGGAUCCUGCAUCCUAGACUGAGACCUUGUGUGAUGAUGUGCACACGUGAGUGCUGAGCAGACUGGAGAGCUUACAUCUCUCAGCCUCUUAUGCCUUCUGUCUUCCUGCCCGGGGAGAGAGGUGCAAGGGAUACUACAUGUAGGAGGCACCGUCCAAGUUUCUUGCUAGCCCCCUAAACUGAGGAACCUAGUAUUUAGUGGUUGCCACUAUCCUCUGCAAACUGGGUGAUCACUGGGGCAAUACAGUAGCAGUCAGCAAGGUCCUGAUAAACCUAGACAUUUGAGGCUUGACAGAGUGUGUGCCUGUCUUUAGAGGGAACUGGGGGAUACUUUCAGGAGCUGGGCCGCAGAGUGAGAGGUUAUAGCCAUGCAAGGCAGUGAGGCACUGUUCCCUCCCAGGCUAUCGUGCCCAUCGAGAAGCUAGUCCAGCCUACUCUGGACCUGGGUUUUCUGAUUCAGGUGCUUUGUCCUGGUGUACACUACUGAGCAGAAGUGAAAUAAGCCCUGUGUGGGGUGGGGCACUCCUUUUAUACCCUGUUAGAAGAUGGAGACCGAGGUUUGACCACGUCCUUUGCCCUGUCUAGGACCAGGGGAUGGAUACACCUCUGUCAGGAGCAGCCUUGCUUAUACACUAAAGGCCUAAAUCAGCCAUGGGCCUGAGUCAGUCAGUGGGAAAGAAUAGGUGGAGUGGGCGUGGAUCCAGCUGGAUAGAUAUUUGCCUCUGUUUGAAGUACCUCUAGAUGACACGUGCCCUACAAGACACUCCAGAGACUGGAGAAGGGCCUCACAGUGUUAGUGAGGGAGUAUCGUAGUGGGGUAUGUGCAUCUUACGAUACCUGUUAGACCCAGUUUCUCUCUGGUCUUCUUUCUAAGAGGUGUAGAACAGCAGUUAGGUAAAGAAAGGGGGACUGAGGGAGACUGUGCAGUACCCCUGGAGAUUGCUUCCUGCAUGAUGGAUAACCUGGGCUCCAAUUGCUGUCUUCCCAGCAGAGAGCAACAGAGCUCUGAAUGCUCACGUGUGCACACCAGACAGGAUCCAGUGGACUUCCUCUCUCCCUCCUUCCCUUUCCAAGGCCAAGUUAGGGGCUGUGGACAAAGGGGUUUUAGGCAGUAGCUGGAACUAUGUCUAGAGUAGUUUCUUGGGAGUCAGUCGUUGAGUCUAGGGACCUAAGCGUGGGCCAGCCCCUGGAAGGCCUUGACUUUAGUGAAGCAAUCCAUCAGCUCCUAAGCCCCAUUGGAUUGCUGGAGCUAUCAUUUGCUGUAGGCUACCGACCCUGCAGACCUACAGCCCCUCUACAACCCCUAUAAGCUCUGGGCCUACCCCAAUAUCCUACCUAAGUCAGUGUAGAGGGGAGUGGCUGACUUCAUUUGCCCAAGCCUGGGGGUAUAACCCAAAUCUUGGGCCUCUCUUGGGCACAGGGGAAGCUUUGUGAUCACUGAGACAAAACACCUGCUUGGCUUUCCCCCAGUCUAGCCCGUAUCUGUGACUGCUGUGGUGGAAGGCACCAAGGUAGUCCCCGUACACCAUGAGUGAGGGGUGGCUAUACCCGGGUGUGGUGACAUGCACAUGCAAUACAGGUUAGUGCUGCAUAUGGCUAUGGUGCUGUCUGUUGAGGGUGCCCCCACUGUUACCUAUUGGGGCUCCCUUCCUGUCCUACUCUGCACCUUACUCAAGCCUCCUCUGAAGCUUGUUUGGCCCUUUGCACCCAUAUCCGCAUCCUCCAGCAGUGCAGGGGCCCAGCCAAGGGCAACAGGCUUACUCAAAACAGCCCUGGGAGCACCCUUGGAGGAGGUAGCCUGCUCCCUGAGGUCCUAGAAAUCUGCUUAUCCCUGUCAAGAAUGAGGUUGUCAUGUGACCUAUAAGGUGUGUGCCUUACCCUGGAGACAGGUGAGCAUGAGUUUAGUCACUUGUGAGAGUGUACACUUAAGACAGUAGCUGCCUGAGCCUCCCCUGGUGGUCUUGACCUAGAUGGAGUUUAAUAUUCACUACCCUUGCUUUAUGAGUCAUAGACCAGAGCCCAUGGCUAACUGGCCUUGGGCCAGUAUACCCCACUGGGGUUGGGGGUGGCAGAUGAGCAGAAGUAGGUAGGGCACAGUGAAGUGGAGGAGAAGCCAGACACUGGGACUGAACCUCAGAGGUACAAGACUUACUGAUACAUCAGUUACAUGCAGUGAAUUGCUGUAAUUGGCCACAAGCCUGAGUGGCUGGCUUGGGUUGCACCCUCUGGUGGCUGUAUGCAGCACUACUUUCUGAAGGACCUUACUGGACAUACUCUUAGUCAAAGCUGACCAUGGGGGCUUUCACUGCUUGGGUGGUACGGUAGACUGGCCCCACCCCUACCCUGCAGUCCCAUAAAUAGGGAUGCCCCUGAAACAGCCAAGCUUAGUGAGAGGACUGGCAGAGGUGUAGGCUGGCACACAGCUCCUGGAGCAACACAGCAUCAAGGCUUCUAAGAUUCUUACCCUCCAGUCAGCACCCUCUAACCCAGUGGUUCUCAACCUGUGGGUCAGAACUUCAGGGGUGAAACAACCCUUUCACAAGGGUCACCUACGGCCAUUGGAAAACACAGAUAUUUAUGAUUCAGUUAUCAAUUUCACAUUUACAAAAUUAUGUAAUUACAAAGUUACAGCUAUGUGGUAUCAGUGAAUAUAAUUUAUGUCUGGGGUCACCACAACAUGAACUGUGUUAAAGGGUUGUAUCAUGAGGAUGGUUGAGAACCAGUUCCCUAACCCUUAUCCACCCUGUUCACAGGACUCAGCCACUCUGCAAAAAUGCCCUUGUGUCUUAGGGGACGCCGAGGUAUCAAGUCAGCUUUAGUACAGUGGUUGGAGGUCUCGGGUCAGUGCCGAGUAAGCUCUGUGGAUCAGGAUCUCCUGCCCAGUGUGGGGUUCAGGAAGGAUUCUUGGACAGGGGGCUGAGCCCUCAGCAGGUUCCUGAGCUCGACCCAGUGACGUGGGCCAUGUUUCCUUGGUGCUCAGAACCUGUGUCUGUGCCCUGAGCUGUAUGCCUGAAGGGCUAGCUAACUAGUCCCUAGGGUGCCUGGACUUGGGCAGGGGUGCAGAUGGGUGAGGCCAGGCUCCAAGCAGCACUUGGCACCUGAGGCCUCCCCAGGCCUUCAAAGUGGCCGUGGGCAGUGGUAAUGGGCUGACUUUAUGGUUUUCCUGUUGGGAGAGGAACCUAGCUCAGGGGAGCUAUUGUCCCCAAACAAUGGGCCUGGCUAUGACCCAUGAGGGCAGUGGCCCCAAACUGGUGAGACCCAACCCAUCUCAAGCAUCACCCGCUUUUUAAUCCUCAACCUGACCUUGGAUCCAGCCCGUCCUGAGCCUCUUUCUGCCAUACUCCCCUUCCUGCUCGCCCUGGCUGGGGAGGAACAUAGAGGUACUAAGUCCCAAGCAUCUUGAAGAGCUUUAGUGCAGAAUGUACCCUGUGUCCCUCCCAACUUGAAGGCAGCAGAGUGGAGAAGGUGUUGCUGGCCCCUGGGCAGCAAAGCUGCUCCCAGGCUUGCCCUGCUGCUUAGGUGGAGGCCUGGCAGGCCCAGGAGGCUCUAGCUUAGUCCAAGGUUGAAGUCUGGAUAGAAGGCCUAGUUAAACCUGGUGUGCUGAAGGCAGAUAGCACUGUCCCCCAAUAUGUAAGUUGUGGAUCAUGAUCUGCCUAGCAGAGCCUAGGGAAAUGAUGGCCUAGUCACACAGCUUGUCUUGGGGAAUGGCCAGCUUCCCUGACCAGUGGAGCUGAAUUGACCCUUGCAGAAACACCCUAGCGUUGGUAGGAGCAGGGUCUUACUUGAGUGGAUGGAGGUGCAGGCUGGGAGGUAGAGGCUAAGCAGGAUCAGCAUGCUCUCCUGAGGCCCUGUGCUGAGAAGUGGGUUAGGCUUGUUGAGACCUCAUCACUGGUAAGCAGUCAUCUAAGGAGCACUUGCUGGUGUUUCCAGAAACUAGUCUGAGCUACCUCCCAAUUCCUGGAGAGCAAGGCACCACUAUCCUCUUUACCCACAGAGAAGUGCCCCCCCCCACGAGAGCAGUGUACUCUGGCUGGAGGGAAAAAAUGGGUGAUGAGCUAGCCCCUGGGAGACAGAGGCAGGUGGAUCUCUGUGUUUGAGACCAGCCUUCACUACAGAGUGAAAUCCGGGAAGGCUAGGCCUACAAAAAAAAUCAUCUCAAAAAUAAAAAUAAAUGAAUAAUAGAAA